UUAGUGAAAGGCCUUAACAAUCGAACGAAAGCCUUACUCUUCCGUAUUUCAGAUGUUACCAGCAAUGAGGAAACCACAAAGGAAAAAGAUCUGGGCGACCUUGGCUGUUUUUCUUAUCUCUUGUGCUCUAACUUUUCUCAUUGGUAGGUCUUAACAAAUACCAAACUUUUACUCUUGUAACGAUCUUGGUCAAUUUAUACCUUUACAAUCUACUCAAGGCCAUUUCUAAGUGUUUCAGACGUAUAACAACACCUAUCGCCAUGGCAACCAGCCAGUAGAACCAAUGUCAGCAUUUAUAUCUGCAAAAGAGUUAACACUUCAGCAUCAAACUUAUCCAAAAAACGUAUCCAAAAUCUUGUUGAUGACUUACAUGAGAAGUGGAUCUUCCUUCGUGGGAGAACUUCUGAAGUUUGGUGGAAAUGUCUUCUACGUGUUCGAGCCAUUCUGGUCGGUGUAUGAGAAAUCCUUCCGCACGGACACUGAAGUUUGUUUCCGAAACGGCACUUGUCAUACACCGACCAAACAACUGCACAAGACGAACAAAACUAUGUCAAUUUUAGAGGCGAUUUUUGACUGUCGAAUCUCUGACCUGCCACUAGAGGUCUUAAAGAGUUUCACAAGUUUUCCUUACACCAGUGGGUACAGUAGACGUUGUAAAUCGAUUUUGUCUAAAAAGCAAUUAUGGAGAAAUAGGGAGAGUCGAAAGAAACAAGUUCUUUAUGAAAACAGAAAGGACUGGUGUUUCACUCGCUGGAAAAGAGCCUGCAAGGAAGCGAGCGCACGCGUGAUCAAGACUAUUCGUCUGUCACCACGGCUUCUAAAGGAAGUUGAAUCAUUUGUACAUGACGUAAAAGUUGUGCAUUUGAUUCGACAUCCACUAGGCAUUUUAAACUCUCGGAGAAAGAUUGGUGAAGUAAAUGACAACAAUAUGUACUUAUCUGCCCGUCAUUUGUGUCAUCUUUUGAAUUCAGACGUUCUUUUCGUAAAGGAUGAAAUGAGACAGAAGAAGGGCAGCGUUGUGCCAUUAACUUUUGAAUGUAUGGUUUCGGAUCCAACAGUCGUGGCUACAAAAUUGUUUGGUAUUCUUGGAUUGAAAUAUUCCAAACAGACAGAAAACUGGAUCUUAGACCACACCACUCGCAGCAGUGGAAAAAGUAGUACUUUUACAACAGAACCUAAAAAUCAAAAGCCUGAGAUUGCUAAAGAUUCUUUCUACGUCCGUAAAACCCAGUCUAGAAAUGUUGCCAAUGCAUGGAAAAGCACCCUUUCUAAAAAGGUUAUCGAAGAAGUGGAUUUGGUUUGCAAUGAUCUUUAUAAGGAAAUAGGUUUUUAUACAUCAAAUGUCAGUAUGGACUUGUCAAAUUAUGAUAUUUUCUGUUAAGGAGAAAGAA